AAGAAAACCAAAAGUUUAAUCCGAAAAGGUAUGGGGAUUCAAUUCGAAUCUGGUGAACUAUUUAAACUCGGGGAAUCCGCUCGGGCUUCCUUUAACCCUUUGUCAUCGCCUCCGCCUAAAAAGCUUGACCGGCUUUAGUUCGGACACAAGCUUGAGGAGCAGCUGCAAGCAAAGUUGUAAGCAAAAAUCAAUUUCAGCUCAGACAAAUGGCAGGGCUUCGUUCGGAAUUUCAACUGAGGAAGGUCGCAGAAAGUGAGCAGUCGGAUCGUAUUAGUCUGCUUCCGACUGAGAUCCUUGUUCAUAUUCUAUCUUUUCUAAAGUUGAAAGAAAUGGCUAGAACAAGUCUUGUGUCAAAACAUUGGGUAGAACUUUGGAUGUUUGCUGCUGUUGGGCUCGAUUUUGAUGGUUCGAAAGUACUGGUGGGAUUAGCAACAAGAAAAAAUGAAAAGAGUUUCCUUAAAAAGAAAAGGUGCCAGUUUGUUGAAUGGGUGAAUAAGGUGCUGCAAUUACACAAAGCCAUGGUGAUUGACGAGUUUCGGAUUUGCUUUGAAUUGGACAAAUCCUCUCAACGUGAUAUUGAUGAAUGGCUUCGCUUUGCAUUUGCCAGGGGAGUCCAAAGGCUCCAAUUGGACUUACUAAAAUAUGGCUGCCCUUCGCAUGAAAUUUCAAAGCCUUAUAUUUUCCCUUCCUGUCAGAUCCUUAACCAAGAUUCCGACAACAUUAGUAGUAUUUCAGAGGAAUCUCCUACCACUGACGUUCAUGACAAAGGCACUCGUACCCUUGCAUUCACCGACUUUAAGUCCCUCACAUCAUUAGUUUUGGAAGGUGUCAAUGUGACCGGGGAGACUCUUAGUUUUUUCUUGAACAAGUUCCAUUUUCUUGAACGUCUAAUAGUAAGUGGUUCAAGCUCGCGCGAUUUGUCAAGUGUUGUAGUGUGUGGCUCAUCACCGCCUUUAAAAUAUCUCGAGUUAACCUAUUGUCGGUAUUUAAAAUCUAUCACUGUACGUGAUUCAUGUCUUGUCUCGCUUAAAUUUACCCGGGUGGGUGAUUUGGUGCUUGAGAAUGUGCCAAUGCUGGUGGAUGUAUGGGUUUGUGGAGUUUCUGUCAGCCGAGUAAUCCCACUGCUUUCCUGCAGCCUCUUGUCAAGAUUAGAGGUUCUUGACUUAUAUGUCAUGGGAGAGGAAACUUUUGUUCAAGUUCCUCAACUAUCAGCUUUGAAGGAAUUAGUCUUGCAUGUUUGUGCUCAUGAAGAUGAUAGCAUUAUUCAUUUAAUUCAUUCUUUCAUGAGGUCCUCCUCCAAGUCGGAGAAGUUUGUGUUGGAGUUGAUUUGGGUAGGCGGUUUUCGGAGCGAAAGGGAAAUUGAGAAAGUUUUCAAGCCCUCCUCAUCUUCAGCAUCUUAAAGUUGUAGAGUUUCGGGGGUAUUAUGGUCGUAAAACAGAGGAUGAACUUGUGAUGUACUUUUUAGAGAACGGCACUGCCUCAGCUCUAGAAAGAAUCAUCCUUGACCCUCGAUGUCAGGAAAUCUUUUGUCGCGAACGUGUCAAGGAACCUGAGGAGGAAAAUUUUGCCAGAGUUGGUGCCGAGAAGCUGUUAAAGGGAUUGAUGAUACCCUCAUCUGUAGAAUUAGUCAUUCUUUAGCGAGUAAAAUGUCCAAAUGGUCCCUUACAUUUGGGUCUACUUGAAUUUACGUCCCUUACAUUAACAUUUCCGUAUUCCUAAACAUUAUGUUUUCACACUUUUUUGGUCUCAUUUCACUG